AUGGGCCGCCAUGGCCUGCGUUUCCUGCGCAAGGCCGGCUCCUUCGUCGGCCCCGGGUUCAUGAUUGCCGUCGCAUACAGUACGUCCUCUAUGACGAUUCGUCCCCGUGGCGGCAUAUGCUCACCGCUUGACAUAGUCGAUCCGGGCAACUACUCCACCGACAUAGCCGCAGGCGCCUCGUACCGGUUCCGCCUCCUCUUUGUCGUGCUGCUCUCAAACAUCUUUGCCAUCUUCCUCCAGAGCCUCGCCAUCAAGCUCGGCACCGUCAGCGGCCUCAAUCUCGCCCAGGCGUGCCGCGCCUUUCUCCCGCCAUGGCUCAACUACGUGCUGUACUUUUUCGCAGAGGCCGCCAUCAUUGCGACAGACAUCGCAGAGGUCAUUGGCUUCGCGAUUGCUCUGAACCUGCUCAUCCCGCAGGUGCCCUUGGUGGCUGGCUGCGCCAUCUCCAUCCUCGACGUCAUGCUCAUCCUCCUCUUCUACCGCCCUGACAAGUCCAUGGGCGGGCUGCGGCUCUUUGAGUUCUUUGUCGUCUGUCUUGUCCUCGGCGUCGUCGUCUGCUUCGCCAUUGAACUCUCCCUGAUCACCAACGCCACGGUCGGCGAGGUCUUCCACGGCUACCUGCCGUCAAGCGCGCUCAUAGAGCAGCAGGGUCUCUACCAAGCCUGCGGCAUCCUCGGAGCCACUGUAAUGCCGCACAGCUUGUAUCUCGGCUCCGGCAUCGUCCAGCCGCGUCUGUACGACUUUGACGCAAAGAACGGGCACCUCCCACGGCAGCUCACGCCCGCGCCGAACGCCACGGCCACAGACACGGCCGCCGCCGCAGCAGCAGCGCCCUUUGAGCUCGACGACAACGACAACAAGGCGCGCUACACGCCGUCACUCGCCGCGAUCCGGCACUCCCUGCGCGCCUCGACCAUCGAGCUGACUUUCGCGCUCUUCGGGUUCGCGCUGUUUGUCAACUCGGCGAUCCUCAUCGUGGCGGGGGCCUCGCUGUACGAGAACCCGGACGCCGUCGACGCCGACAUCUUCACGAUCCACGACCUCCUGGCCCAGUCCAUAAGCCCCGCCGCGGGGACCGUGUUCGCCCUGGCCCUGCUCCUGUCCGGCGUCUCCGCGGGCAUCGUGUGCACCAUCGCGGGGCAGAUGGUCAGCGAGGGCGCGCUGCGGUGGUCCAUCAGCCGGCCCUGGCUGCGGAGGCUGGUCACGCGGAGCAUCAGCAUCACGCCGAGCAUCAUCAUCGCGGGCGCGGUCGGGAGGACGGGCCUGGGCGCGGCGCUCAACGCGAGCCAGGUCUGCCUGAGCGUCGUGCUGCCGUUUGUCACGGCGCCGCUCAUCUGGUUCACGUGCUGGGGCAAGUACAUGACUGUGCGGCAGCCAGAUGGAAGUGGCCGGGUGGUGGUGAUGGCCAACUCAUGGUACACGAAUGUGUUCGCUGGACUCGUGUGGCUGGGCAUCACGGUUCUGAAUGUGGCCAAUCUCGUGCUCUUGGCAAAGGGGGCGUGA